AUGGGUAUUCCAGAAUUAUGGGAUUUAUUAAAACCUUCAUUUGGUAAACGAAUAUCGCUUGAUGAAUUAGUUGACCAAUCCAUAAAGGAAAGACAACGACCACCGCGUGUUGCCAUAGAUGCUUACCUGUUUAUUUUCCAAGCAGAUCAUAGUAGUAUCAUAGUUGAAGAAAAGGAUGGGGUUCUCAUGCAAAAUGUUAUGGCCAAAAUUCUAGCGUUGGUGGGGUUAAAUAUUUCUGUGAUUGUGGUAUUUGAUGGUAUAUUGAAACCCUUAAAAUUGAAAAGUAAAGAAAAUGAGGGAUUAAUUUAUGAAGACGAAUUACAAAGACUUGCUCUAAUUUCUAACUAUUCGGAAAAUAAUCCAUUCGUGGAACAAUUGAAAAUUGAAUUAUCUAACAAUAAAAUUGAAUAUGUUCAAGCACCAGGUGAAGGUGAAGCCCAAUGCGCAUAUUUGCAAAAACUUGGAAUUGUUGAUUAUGUCAUAUCACAAGAUGUUGAUGCAUUAGUAUUUGGUGCUCGUCGAGUAUUAAGAAAUUUUAGUAGAUUUGCUGAAGAUAUUGGGAAAUCACCGCCGAAAUCCUCUGAUAUAACAGCAAGAUCAUCUUAUUAUGUCACUCCAGUGGAUAUGGAUAAAGUGGAACAAGAAACUGGACUCGCAACAUCUCGACUUGUAUUUUUAGCAUCACUUCGAGGAGGUGAUUAUUCUGUUGGGGCGAAAAAAAUGGGGAUUGUCAAUGCCAAAAAUUUGGCAUUAAGUGGCACAUCAAAGUCAAUGUAUUAUACUGAAAAUAAAAGUAAAAUACAAUUGAAGGAAUUACAGAAAAGUCCACAAAAAUGUAAGGGUCCUCCACCAGAUUUUGCUAAUGAAUUAAUAGAUUGUGUUCAAUCGAAAGAUAGAUCAAUAAAGCUACAUCCGUGGGAUCUGAGAUUAUAUCCAGAGGCUCGUCGAUCUAAUUUUGAUUCUUUAUUGAAAAAGAUGAAUUUUUAUUUAAAAGAACAGAAUAGAGACAUAUUUGGACGUAAAGUUACAUUUCAAGAGGAGUUUGAAUUUGAUGAAUAUUAUACUAUGUUAUAUUUGUUUCCUUUGGUGUCAGAUCAAGUACCAAUAUUCAUACCCGAUACUUUGGGGAGUGGAGAACUCAAAUCAGACUUACACAUUAACCUUCUUGAAAAAACAAAAGUAUCAAGAAUAAGCAAUGCCAUUAAAAGAAAAUUCACACAAAUAGUGGGUGAACCAAUUGAUGAAUUACCAGAAAAACAAACCCACCUAUUUGUUCCCAAAUAUUAUACUUGGUCAAUAAAACACAUUAUAUGUAAAUUGAUCACCCAUGAUUCAGAUUGGAUAAAAGUUACCAAUUACAAAGAAGAGAAUGGUUUACCCAAAGUUAUGCUUAAGUAUGAUGCUUCAAGUAUAUUUGAAAAAUAUCCUGAGAUAAUAGAAGCUAGAAGAGCAGUGGGUGGUCAACCGCAAUCACCAGGUAAGAAUUAUAUAUGGGUUCCACAAUCUUUAGUUGAACAUUAUAAUCCUAAAUUGAUUGAUGAAUAUAUUGAAUCAACGAAAGAAAAAGAAUAUAUAAAGAAAUAUAAAUCUUCACCUCAAAAAACAACAUUAGAUUCACUUGAAGUUUCACCAAUAAAGAAAUCGACAUUAAGGGGACCAGUACCCUUUGAAUUGAAACCAAAAUCACCAAGAAAAUUAUCUCCUAAUAAAUCGACUUCCUUGUCACCUAGGAAACGAAGCAAAUCUGUAUUAUUACCCGGUCAAAAACAACUAGAUUUUUUCUUGGUUAAACAGAAUAAUAAAGAAAAUGCUAUGAAGAGUAUACCUGAACUAAAACCCAAUGAUAAAGCAAUUAUUGAGGACAAUCCAUUUUUGGACUCAUUUAAUUCAACAAAAGAAGAUGAAAGAAAUAAAGAUAAUGAGGAAGUAAUGCAACAAGAAGAAGAAAAAUCAAAUCCAAUUGAAAAGACGAUUACUGAGGAAGCUUACAGUUCAGAGUUGACGUUCCCGACAUUUCUGCUUGAUCGGAUAUUCCUUAAAGAUUCAGAAUAUUAA